AUGGUUCUCAUCCACCCGGAGCCAGAGCUCGAAAGAAGGGGUUUGCAGAUUCCCUCCAAGCGCAACUUCAGUAGGGGAAUUUCCGGCAGCUCGACUGGCUCCACGCAAAGCGGCGACUCCCGUGCCGAAGGGAGCAAGACAUCAAAGCAGACCAUGGAUCUCAGAAACCUCAGUAACCUGAGCACCUUCCAAGAGAUCGACGAGAGCGGUGCCAAGUCCAAGCGUCGGCUGAGGAAGCUGCAGAGGCAAGAGCAGCUCUUGCAGCUCCCCGCUUGCAUGUGUGGACAAUUGUGGACACGUGUUUGGCAGUCUCUUGAAAAGUUCCUCAAGAACCAUGGCUUUUCCGACGUCUGCGAGCCCCGCACGCCCGCUGGCUGCAUGGUGUUUACAGUCGAGACAGUGUAUCCCAUCCACGUUGCAGCCGAGAAAGGCGACUGUGACCUGGUACGGAUGCUCUUAGCAGCAGGGGCCGACCCACUGCAACGGACUUCUCGUGGGCGCACUGCAGUCGAUUUCGCUGUGAAGUCCAAGUCGCUCUGGAGUCGACAAAUCCUGGAGCUGCUACGCAGUCAAGGUCCCGUGUUGCGUCUUCGAGAUGCCGUGGAGCUCAUGGGCUCCGAAGUCAAAUCAGUACGGAUCCCCAUUCCGCCUUUUUCGUGUUGA